UAGGUUAGGUUAGCCGCAAUAAACUGGUAUUUUCAAUUAUUUAAUUUUAAUAUUUGUUAAACGUGUAUAUCUUAACACUUAACGGUUAAAAUUAGAUAACAGCUUAUCUAGUAACAUACUCGUAAACUAAUCAACGCCUUGGCAUGUGUAGUGAAAUCGGUUGUGUUAAGGUAUAUUGAAUAGUUUGAACCAAAGUUUAACUUUAAUAUCUCCGUUGUCCGUUUAUAAUGGAUGCUGAUUAUGAUAAGAGAAUCACAGAGCUUAAGAGUAAGAUCAAGAGCUAUCCAGACUUUCCUAAAAAGGGUAUCCUAUUCUGGGAUAUAUUCUCAGCCAUAUCCGACGGCGGCACAUGCCAACUACUCCAGGGCCUGCUAGCCGAAACAGUCCGCACCAAGUUUCCAGACAUUGAGGCGGUAGUGGGGCUGGAGUCCCGGGGCUUCCUGUUCGCUUUCUCGUUAGCUGCGUCCCUGGGCGUGGGCUGUUUGCCUGUGCGGAAGAAGGGCAAGCUGCCGGGGGAUGUGGUGUCAUAUGAAUAUGAUUUAGAGUAUGGAUCGGACAUCCUGGAGCUCCAGAAAGACUCAAUCCGUCCCGGCCUCAAAUGCCUCAUCGUAGAUGACCUUAUCGCCACUGGCGGCUCCCUGUCUGCUGCUGUGAGCCUCCUUAAGACCGCAGGAGCUGAGGUCUCUGGAUGCUUGGCAGUUCUGGAGCUGGUGUCGCUAAAUGGGCGCAAAAACAUUCCUCAAGGUAUACCUGUUCAUUCUUUGGUUAGCAUUUAAUAAGGGAGCAUUUGAACUUUUAAUAAGAUCAGGUAGAUAGGCCCUAAGUGUAGCUAUUUUUAUUAUAUAUAAUGUUAUAAUCGUAAUGUAAUAUGUAUAUCAUCCCAACUAUUCCAUAUGGGGUUUGAAGUGAAUAUGCUCAUUAAAAAAAGUACAAAAGCAUUUCAAAAUAUUUUUAAAAUAUACAAUCGUAUUAUAACUUAUAGAGAUAAUUAAAGAUUUUAACUAUAAAACUCCCGUGAGACUCAAACAUAUUAGAUUAUUUUAAACCGGGUCACUCACGUAUUAUUAAGUCGAAUAGCUCGACAUGUUUCGGUCCAAUUUACGAGGACCGUCUUCACGGAGACACGACACGUCUUCACUGGUCGAGGGCGCGGCGUGUACUGUCUACGGAGGGUAGAGCCAUCCUCGCAACGGUGACGUCGCCGGCACCGCCGACGCCGUCUGUCGUGAGCGGCCGGGCGACUCGGGCUUUGGGCCGCAGUACACGCCGCGCCCUCGACCAGUGAAGACGUGUCGUGUCUCCGUGAAGACGGUCCUCGUAAAUUGGACCGAAACAUGUCGAGCUAUUCAACUUAAUAAUACGUGAGUGACCCGGUUUAAAAUAAUCUAAUUAAAGAUUUCCCCACAAUAUAGCUUUUUAGUUAUACUAAUUGAAAGCUAUUUUAUAAAUAUACACACUGCAGUGUUCCACGGCUUUUUUUCUGAACUUGGCCCGACACACUGCGUGUGUUUAGAUCCAAAAUUAAAUGUAAUCAUGUUAGUAUAAGUGUUAUGGAUGCUUAUUUAAAAUGAGCAAAAUAUUAAGUAUAGCAUAAUUAUAUUUGUUAAUUAUAAGUUGUAAGGUUUACAAGACCACUAAUCGCCUAUGGCACAAUGAACAUGGUUAAAAUAAUGACAGUCUGUCAUAUCAGCAGGCUAUUAGACUGUUAAAAUUUUCAGUGCGUAUUUUUGCCGUUGCUACAACAAAUUAUAAGCAAUAUUAACAAUUAAAAGAAGUACCUACACAAAAUAAUCGAAUAUUUUGACCUUUUUGUGUUCAAAAUGAUCUGAAAACAAAUUUACUGCUAACGGUAUCUAAAUAAAAAUACCUCAUGUUAAAUCUUGAAAUAUGGUACAGAACCCUUUGAAUGCGAGUCGGACUCGCGCUGACCCGUUUAUUUAAGUAUAGUAGGUGCAAUUGUGAUCAAAAAUCUCAUCAUUCCUGUUGCUACCUAAUAAUUAAGUACCUAUUGUACCUAUAAGGAAGACGAAUUAUGAAAUAAAAUAUAUGU